AUGGCAGCCUUGGGGCCCGGAGGCUCCGCGCGGAACGAUGCAGUCGAGAAGCUGCCAUCCGUCACGGUGGGAGUUCCGGCGCGGAGGGGCCGGGGCUCUCCGCCCCCCGCUCCGCCGCUCUGUCUCCGGCGGCGGACACGAUUCUCGGCGGCGCUGGAGGACACGGUGCAGAACCGGGUGUCACUGGAGAAGGUACUUGGCAUCACAGCCCAGAACAGCAGUGGCCUAACCUGUGACCCCGGCACAGGCCACGUGGCCUACCUAGCAGGCUGUGUGGUGGUGAUUUUGAAUCCCAAGGAAAACAAGCAGCAGCACAUUUUUAACACUGCCAGGAAGUCUCUGAGUGCUCUGGCCUUCUCCCCUGAUGGGAAGUACAUAGUGACGGGGGAGAACGGACACAGGCCUGCUGUGCGCAUCUGGGACGUGGAUGAGAAGAGUCAGGUGGCAGAGAUGGUGGGCCACAAGUACGGCGUGGCCUGUGUGGCCUUCUCCCCCAAUAUGAAGCACAUUGUGUCCAUGGGCUACCAGCACGACAUGGUACUCAACGUCUGGAACUGGAAGAAAGACAUUGUGGUGGCUUCCAACAAGGUAUCGUGCAGGGUCAUCGCCCUCUCCUUCUCAGAGGACAGCAGCUAUUUUGUCACCGUAGGGAACCGGCACGUGAGGUUCUGGUUCUUGGAAGUCUCCACAGAAGCAAAGGUGACGGGCACGGUGCCCCUUGUAGGGCGUUCAGGCAUCCUGGGUGAGCUGCACAACAACAUCUUCUGCGGCGUGGCUUGCGGCCGGGGCCAGAUGGCAGGCAGUACCUUCUGUGUGUCCUACUCGGGCCUCCUUUGCCAGUUCAACGAGAAGAGGGUGCUGGAGAAGUGGAUCAACCUGAAGGACGGAGAUCCUCGGUGUCUGCUGACCAAUGGCAAACUGCCACUCUGGGCAAAGCGGCUGCUAGGAGAUGAUGACGUGGCAGAUGGCUCAGCCUUCCAUGCCCAGCGCAGCUACAAGCCCCAUGGACGCUGGGCGGAGCGUGCUGACCAGGAGCCCCUCAAGACCAUCCUGGAUGCCCAGGACCUGGAUUGCUACUUCACCCCCACGAAGCCCGAGAGCCUGGAGGGCUCUAUUCUGGAUACAGUGGAGCCCCAGAGCCUGGUGGCCCUGCUGAGUGAGUCGGAGAGCCCCCAGAAGGUCGGCGGGGGGCAUCCCUCCUUCCUGCCCCUACAGAGGGAGUCCUCUGAGGACAGCGAGCUCAUCAUCUACUCCCUGGAGGCGGAGGUGACAGUCCCAGGGACAGACAGCGAGUACUGCACGAAGGACAUCAAGGGGGAGUCCAGAGACCAGCAAGGUGACUCCUACCUCAGAGUCUCCUCAUUCUGCCCGAAGGAUCAGAGACCACCUGACGGAUGCCCAGGUUCUGCAGAAGAGUUAUCCCAGCCCGAGGUGCUGGGCAUAUCCAACGGCUCCCUGCCCCAGACCCCUGAGCAGGAGAAGUUCCUCCGCCACCACUUCGAGACGCUUACUGACGCUCACCCCGAGGAGCUCUUCCAUGGAUCCCUGAGAGACUUGGAGGCCCCUGAGGCUGAGGACUUCUUCAAUCCCCGGCUGAGCAUUUCAGCCCAGUUCCUCUCACGCCUCCAGAAGACAUCCAGGUUCACCCACAGCUUCCCUCCCCGGCUGCCCCUGCACCUGGUGAAGUCCCCAGAGGUCAAAUUCCCGGAGCUUGGGGGCAGCCAGUCCAGAGCAGAGCCCCUGAGAGCAGGCCCUGGCUACACGUCCCCAGGCAGGACCAACGUCCUCGCUGGGAAAAAGGCUGAGGAGCCCCUUGAGACCCCGGAAGCCUGGCGCCCACUGACCCCCCGCCUCUCCGGCCUGGUGCCCUAUGCCCCCUCCUCAGUGCUGCCCACUGACAGGAAGCCUCCGACGCCCACGGCCCUACCCACUCCACGCCUGCCUCAGGCUGUCCACGGCCCCUCCACCCACCCCUACAUGGAGGCCACUGCCAGCUCCCAGGCCAAGAUGUCACGCAGCACCUCCCCCGAGGACAGUGAGGACCCUGUGCUGGCUGAGCUGGCCAGGCCCCUCCACAGGCCCUCCUCCCCGGCGGAGAUGGCAUCCCUGGGCCAGGAGCUCCAGGCCAUCCCCACCACGGCAGCACCCAGCUCUAACAGCGAGGGCCGAGAACCUGCCUUGUCCUCCUGGGGCAACCACGAGGCCCGGGCCAGCCUGAAGCUGACCCUGUCGAGCAUCUCUGACAGGCUCUUGCUGCCCCCUCCCCCGUUGGAACCUGCAGCCACCCAGCCCAGUGUCACCGUCACAACAGCCACCUUCCCAGUCCCCAGCCCCAUGGAUGCAAGCUCCCUGAGGCUCCACAAUUCCACCUUUCUCCCAAGGCUCCUGGCCCCCGAGCCCCUCAAAGCCCCUGCCCACCCCAGCAGUGCCCUACUUCCAGAGGCCAGGCCUGGGGUUCCUGGCAGCGUCACCUCUCUCCUGGAGCCCACCCCUGAUGCGCUCAGUCUGGUCCAGGGCAGCCCUGGACACUGGGAGGAGCCUGGGGUGCCGGCCAGGGUCCUGCCCCCAGCUCCCCGUGAACUGAGCACUGUCGUGCACAGACUUCAGACCACCUUCCAAGAAGCCCUGGACCUUUACCGCCUGAUGGUCUCCAGCGACCAGGUGAGCACUGAGCAGCAGUGGCAGGCACGGACUGAGCUGGCCUCCACCUUUCUUUGGAUCCAUAACCAGUUAGAGGCCAAUGACUGGCUGGUUGGGACUGACGUGGCCCAGGCCCAGGGCAGCCCGGGUUCCCCCUCCCCGACUACACUGUGCCCCCUGGCCAGCCCAGAUUUGCAUGCCCUGCUGGAACACUACUCGGAGCUGCUGGUGCAGGCCGUGCAGAGGAAGGUGCGGGGGGACUGAGGGCCAGCAGCCUCCUCUCCACGCCAGCCCUGCUGUUUCUGAAGAGAUCGGUGUCUUAAGCAAAUAAACUGACAGCUUAGA